AAAAAAUAUUUUCAUAAUUUCUAACACAUUCUGAAAAGAGAAAGAAUUUUGCUGUUUCAUAUGUACGAAGAGAGAGAAUACUCGGAAGAAAAUUUCAUCAACUUCAAAAAUCCUAAUCUUUUCUUUUAAAAAAGAUUUGCUUAGCAAAGUCUUAGUUAUAUUCAAUACCUUCAAUUUUUGGGGGAAUUUUUUUGAUUUUCUUUCCAUUUUUGUGGAUUGAAUGUAUAUGAUUGGAGAAUAUGAUAAAUUGUUGUAGAUGUGAGAAAAGGUAGAAAAUUUUGAAUUGUUCAAUUGAUGGAAGCAACCAAACCCAAGAAACUUUUUGAAGUCUGGAAGGGAAAUAAUAAAUUUCUUUGUGGAGGAAGAUUUAUAUUUGGACCUGAUGCGGGAUCAUUGUUUUUUUCGACCCUUUUAAUUGCCGGACCAGCAUUGACAUUUUGUAUAAAGAUAUUUGUGAAGGCGAAAAACCAUAGUAAAUGGUAUCCUGUCGCAGCCGUUGGACUUUUACUAACCAUCUUGGAUUUAAUGUUUCUGUACAUGACUUCUGGACAAGAUCCUGGAAUAGUCCCUAGAAAUUCAAAGGCCCCGGAACCAGAUGAUGGAACUGAUAUAACAAACCCUUCGAUGGAGUGGGUUCAUGGAAGGCACCCACAUUACAAGAUACCUCGAGUGAAAAAUAUUUCUAUGAAUGGUUACACUGUUAAGGUGAAAUUUUGCGAUACAUGCUUGCUUUAUCGUCCUCCUCGUGCUUCCCAUUGCUCCAUUUGCAACAACUGUGUACAGCGGUUUGACCAUCAUUGUCCCUGGGUCGGUCAGUGCAUUGGACUUCGAAACUAUCGGUUCUUCUACAUGUUCAUAUCGACUGCAACUAUCUUGUGUCUAUAUGUCCAAAUAUUUUCUUGGAUUAGCCUAGUGCAACAGAAGGGUAUUUUGAAGGCUAUGUCACGGGAUGUUCUCUCUGUUAUCUUGAUCGUUUACUGUUUCAUAGCCUUUUGGUUCGUCGGAGGCUUAACUUUUUUCCAUUUGUACCUUAUCAGUACAAACCAGACGACUUACGAAAAUUUUCGCUACCGGUAUGAUAAAAAGGAGAACCCGUAUAAUAAAGGGAUACUCCAGAACUUUAGAGAAAUCUUUUUCUCUCCAUUGCCCCCUUCUUUGAAUGAUUUUCGAGCAACUGUUCUUGAAGAGGAGCAGGCACCAGAUGAACAGUACUACCCAUCUUUAAAUGUGGAUAUCAGCUCUAAGGAGAAAAUCGACUUUGAAAUAGGUGAUAAGAAUCGUGAUGACGAUGAUGAUGAGUCUGCAUUACCUAAGAUUUUGCGGAACUUAAGCUAUGAUUAUAUAGAGGAAAACUUGAAAAGUAAAGAUGGUGGUAUGAUUGCCGACCCAUUUUUGGAUGAUGAAGAACCUCGACAAAUUUUGCAUAAUUCACUUGCUGAAGAUGAGUUUAAUGGUGAAAAACUUUAUCAAAGAAGUAGUUCUUCUGGUGCCGUGGAGCGGAGCACACAAGAACCCAGGCAUGAUGAACGCCGCUCUCUAUAGUGUCACAAACGACACGAACAUCAGCUAAGUAUUCAUCACAAUCUGGACGUAAUUGAUCUGAUUCCAGCAUAAUAAUGCACAAAAAAACCAUCUAAACUUGUUGGUGCUAUGGUGGAGCAGAAUGAGUUCCCGGGAAAUCUCAUACAUCGAACAUUUUUUGUACUUGAAAUUGCAAAUGUAACUUCUUUUGAGCUACUGAAUCUUCUUUUCCGGGGAUAUAGUUUUGUAGGGUUUGAAGAGACGACAAUUGGAAAAUAUACAUGAUGAUCUUAUAGAGUUCCUUCAACUAUUUACUGUUCUUUUAUAUUCUUACCAUCUUGCAACUGUAUAUCAUUGCCAACUAACUUUUAUCCUCAUAAUUGGAUUAAUGGAAUUUUAUUUUUUGAAUAGUUUAUUAAUAUUGUUUGUUUGAUUAUUCUUAUAUUAGUCAUAACUUGUUUAAAUUGUUGACAAAGCAAUUCUGCAGUUAGAGUUGAAAAUCAAGUAUUGUAUUAUUGUCUCAGAUUGAGAUUUCUUUGUUCUAAGGUGUUGGGUGAUUCACAACUCUUCAAGUAUGGAUUGAUAUUACAAUUACAAUACACCAAUAUUUUAUUAUCUAUAUAACUGAUUCUCACUCAAGCUUCUAAAU